AUGACCGUCGGGAGCAGUUGGAUAGUUCCGCUCGUUCUGUUGGCGGCGCCGCUGGCCGUCGAGACGGUGAAGCGUGAGGAUUUCAAAACCUGUGAUCAGAUUGCUUUUUGCAAGCAGCACAGAGCUAUAUCAGUGAGACAUGGUUCUCAAAAUCAUCAUAAAUGGAGUCUUCAGGAGCCGACUGGCUAUGAACUGCUUGCUGAUUCAAUCGCCCACAGUGGAGCUGUAUGGAGCGCAAACUUGCAAAACUCGCAGAACACACUGAAGCUCAAAGUCAUUGGAUUGGCGGACUCAACAGUACGCGUUCAAAUCGAUGAACCUGAGACUGCUAUCCGAAAACGAUACGUACCGAAUCCAUCAUUUGUCGCAGUUCCAGAAGAAUUAGCUUUUGAAAGUGUCGAGAAUGGUGCACAGGAAGCAAAAAUCGUUGGAGGCAACAAGAAAGUCAAAGUAGUAGUCAGUUACAAGCCGUUCAUUGUUAACAUUUUCAAUGAAUUGGAUGAGCUCGUCGCUCAAGUCAACAGAGAUGGUAAAUUGAAGGUCGAAGAGUUCCGCACCAAAGAAGAAGGAAAAGAGUAUCCAGAUGGGUUCUGGGAGGAACGAUUCAAGGGUUUCACCGAUCACAAGCAGCAUGGAUCUAGCAGUGUUGGAGUCGAUAUCUCAUUUGUCAACUUCAAAACGGCCUAUGGUCUUCCUGAGCACGCAGACGCCUUUGCCCUUCGGAACACUGUCGGAAAUACGGAUCCAUACCGCCUGUACAAUUUGGAUGUAUUCGAAUAUGAGUUGAACAAUCCAAUGGCUCUCUACGUCUCGAUUCCAUACAUUCUUGCUCAUCGUGCGAAUAGGUCCGUCGGAGCUUUGUGGUUCAACGCUGCUGAAACAUGGGUUGAUACUCAAUCUUCGGUCACAUCGAAAGGCCUUUUCGGGAAAAUGUUUGACAAGGUUGUUGGCGCCGGAGACAAUGUUCCACAUUUUGACGCUCAUUUUAUGUCUGAGUCGGGUCUCGUUGACAUAUUUUUCUUUGUUGGGCCAACUGUGAAAGACGUGCAGCGCCAAAACGCCAAGCUCACCGGAACCACACCUCUCCCACCACUUUUCUCCAUUGGUUAUCACCAGUGCAGAUGGAACUACAACGAUGAGCAAGAUGUUGCAGCUGUUAACAAAGGAUUUGACGAUCAUGAUAUGCCAAUGGAUGUCAUUUGGCUAGAUAUUGAACAUACCGAUGGAAAGAAGUAUUUCACUUGGGAUAAACAUAAGUUCCCAACUCCAAAUGACAUGGUUCAUAAGGUUGCUGAAAACGGAAGAAAAAUGGUCACCAUCGUUGAUCCACAUAUCAAAAAAGACGAUGGAUAUUAUGUUUACAAGGAUGCUAAGGAUAAGGGACUAUUUGUCAAGCGAACUGAUGGAUCAAACUUCGAAGGUCAUUGUUGGCCAGGAGCCAGUGAAUAUUUGGAUUUCUGGCAUCCUGAUACCAGAUCCUACUGGAAGGAUCAGUUCUCGUUCGAUAGAUAUGUUGGAUCCUCAAGCAAUCUUCACAUUUGGAAUGACAUGAAUGAGCCAUCAGUGUUCAGUGGACCUGAAAUCACUAUGGAUAAAGAAUCUAUUCACUACGGAGGAAUCGAACACCGUGAGGUGCACAACAUGUACGGAAUGAUGUAUACUUCUGCUACCUUCGAUGGAUUGAUGGCAAGAACUGGAGGAAAAGAAAGACCGUUCAUUUUGAGUCGUGCUGGAUUCAUUGGAACUCAAAGAACUGCUGCUAUCUGGACUGGAGACAACACUGCUGAUUGGGGACAUCUCGAAAUCGCUGCUCCAAUGACACUCUCGUUGAGCAUUGCCGGAGUCCCAUUCGUCGGAGCUGAUGUUGGAGGAUUCUUCGGAAACCCCGACGAGCAACUUCUCUCCCGUUGGUAUCAAACUGGUGCCUUCCAACCAUUCUUCCGUGCUCAUGCUCACAUUGACACCCGUCGUCGUGAACCAUGGCUCUUCUCGGAACAAACACAAGGAAUCAUUCGUGAAGCAUUGAGAACUCGCUACGCUCUUCUUCCAUACUGGUACACACUCUUCCAGCAGCAUACAGAAACUGGUGUACCACCAAUGAGACCACUCUUCUAUGAAUUCGAGAAUGACGAUUCUUUACUGGAGGAGCAAAAGCAAUGGAUGGUUGGAAACGGAAUCCUCGCAAGACCUGUCGUUGAGAAGGAUACUUUCAAUGUACAAGUCAAAUUGCCGCGUGGAGAACACAAGAACGAGAGGUGGUAUGAAUGGGUGUCUGGAGCCGAGGCUCGUGGAGAGUCGAUUUAUGUGGAUGCUCCAAUAACAUUCACUCCAGUAUACCAAAGAGGAGGAACCAUCAUUCCAACGUGGCAAAGAAUUCGUAGAUCCGCGACACUCAUGAGAGACGAUCCACUCACACUGUUCGUGGCCCUUAACUCUGAAGGAAACUCCAAGGGAGAAAUCUACAUGGAUGAUGGACAAACUCACGAUUACCAGAGUGGAAAAUUUGUCAAGGCCUCAUUCACCUAUAAAAAAGAGAGCAGUACUACCGCAGUUCUCGAGGGAGAGCAUGUUGGUGGAAACUUCGCAGCAAAGAAUUGGGUGGAGAGAGUUGUCGUCCGUGGUGUUGAGAGUUCACCAAAGAAGGUUGAGAUCACCAGAGUCUCCGAUCCAGUCCAGCCAUUGGAAUUCUCGUAUGACCGUGACUCGAAGGUUCUCGUCAUUCGCAAGCCAGAAGCUCUUAUCACUUCCAGCUUCAAAAUCCACGUCGAGUUUUAG